CUCUGAAAUGGUUCUCUUCUCCGAGUCUUCCCCCCCUCUCUCUCUCUCUCAACACAUGAAAGAUCAAUGGUGGAUUCGUAAAGAGACGCUUUCUCCCAUAUGAAUUUUCAGAUUCAGCCAAAGUUUCUUCCUUUCUGAGGGGUCGCCUUGAUUGAGACAGGUGGUGCUGACAUUUUCAGUCGUGUUUUUGGGAAUAUUUGAUAGGUUUGAAAAACCUGGAAUUUCCUUAUUCAACUCCUCUUUUGUUGAUUAUUUGUUGUGGGUAUUGUGGUUUGAUUGCAUAUAUUCUCUUCCUCUGUUGAGUUGGUGCUUGUUGGUUUUCAAAUUUGGUCUUACCUGGGCAUUAAAACCAGUUUUUUUGGGUUGUGGGUUAAAAAAUAAGGGGUAUUUAUAGAAGUAGUUUGAGAUUGCAGUUCAUAAUUUGGUGGGUAAUUGGUACUUUUAGUGGGAGGACAAAUGGCGAAAGAUGGAGGAGAGAACUGGAGGGAGGUGGUGAGGAAGAUGCUUCCCCCCGGCAUUCCCCUGCCAGAAGACGAGUCGGACCUUGAUUACUCGAUAGCAAUGGAGUAUGAGGGCCCACCGGUUUCUUAUGAGCUCCCUAGGGUUGAUCCCCUUGAUGUAAAUUCAAUUGCAAUUCCCACCGCCUCCAUAGCCGAGCCACUUUCUGAAUCACGAAGAUCGGUGACCUAUGAUGCUCCUCCUGUAGUUCAACCCAUCCCUCUUCCAGUGUCUCGCCUUGCUGGUGUCACAAGCCCUCGAUCCCAAAGUCCGAGAGCAUCUGGAAGUUCAGAGUCCCUAGUGUCUGUUUUACAAGACCCUGAUUUUUCUUCCGCUUCCCCUUCAGCAUCUCCUGGAUCGGGAAAUAACCAUCCUAACAAUGCUUCUAGACGAGUAGCUAAUGAGGCGAGGCGGGCCCCAGUCGUCACUUUCAAUACCAUUGAGAGAUCCGAAAGAAAAAACAUUGAUGUGGAGAAGCAAGUUUUUCCGGAAUAUGUUGGGGUUUCCAAGGAAAGGAAGAAGAAGAAGAAAACAAGAGUCUGUUAUAGGUGUGGGAAAGGGAAGUGGGAAACGAAGGAGUCUUGCUUAGUUUGUGACGCCAAGUAUUGCAGUAGUUGCGUGCUUAGGGCGAUGGGUUCAAUGCCAGAAGGGCGCAAAUGUGUUACGUGCAUUGGUGACCCAAUUGAUGAGUCGAAGAGGUCCAAACUGGGUAAGCAGUCAAGGGUAUUAGCACGAUUGCUUAGUCCUUUAGAAGUCAAGCAGAUAAUGAAAGCCGAGAAAGAAUGUGCUGCUAAUCAGCUGCGGCCAGAGCAGUUGAUUGUGAAUGGGUUCCCUUUGAAGCCAGAAGAGAUGGCCGAAUUACUUGGUUGCUCUUUGCCACCACGGAAAUUGAAGCCCGGCAUGUACUGGUACGAUAAGGAAUCUGGUCUUUGGGGACAGGAGGGAGAAAAACCAGAUCGGGUUGUAAGUUCAAACUUAAAUUUUACUGGGAAACUUAGUCCUCAUGCAAGCAAUGGCAACACUGAGGUUUACAUCAAUGGCCGAGAAAUAACAAAACUUGAACUGAGAAUCCUAAAGCUGGCCAAUGUGCAGUGUCCACGUGACACUCAUUUUUGGGUGUACGAUGAUGGUCGUUAUGAGGAAGAAGGUCAGAACAAUAUCAGGGGAAACAUUUGGGAAAAGGCUUCAACGCGGCUUUUUUGCACCGUGUUUUCUUUGCCAGUGCCCCAUGGUCAACCUCAGGGGCAACGGGAUGAGCCUAGCAAUUAUACUACUGUUCCUAAUUAUCUGGAACAGAGGAAAAAUCAAAAACUGCUUCUGCUUGGCCCUCAAGGCUCUGGAACCAGCACUAUUUUUAAGCAGGCGAAAUUCCUGUAUGGGAACAAGUUUAAUGCGGACGAAUUGCUGGAGAUUAAACUUAUGAUUCAAAGCAAUAUGUAUAAAUAUCUUAGCAUACUGCUUGAUGGACGGGAGCGCUUUGAAGAGGAGGCUCUGUCAAGGAUGAAAGCAAUAGAUUCUUAUGACCAAAGUAGUGAGACAGAUGACGAUUCCAAUGCGAAAAGUCAAUGCAUCUACUCCAUCAACCCUAAGUUGAAGCAUUUCUCUGACUGGCUCCUAGACAUUAUAGCCACAGGAGAUUUGGAUGCUUUCUUCCCUGCGGCAACGCGUGAGUAUGCUCCCCUAGUUGAAGAGGUUUGGAGGGAUCCUGCUAUACAGCAAACGUAUAGGAGAAAGGAUGAGCUUCAUUUCCUGCCUGAUGUUGCUGAAUACUUCCUAAGCCGGGCUGUCGAGGUGUCAAGCAACGAGUAUGAGCCUUCAGAGAGAGACAUAGUAUAUGCAGAAGGGGUCACCCAAGGGAACGGUUUGGCUUUCAUGGAGUUCUCUCUGGACGAUCGUAGCCCAAUGUCUGAAGCCUACACAGACAAUCUGGAAGCUCCACCCCCGCCUCUAACCAGGUACCAACUUAUUAGAGUGAAUGCCAAGGGCAUGAGCGAGGGCUGCAAGUGGGUAGAAAUGUUUGAAGACGUCCGCGUGGUAGUCUUUUGUGUAUCGCUUAGCGACUAUGAUCAGAUGUGUCUUGCCCCAGAAAACACCAGUUCAGGAACCCUACUAGAAAACAGAAUGAUGCAAACCAAAGCUCUCUUUGAAACAACGGUGGGCCAUCCAUGCUUCAAGAACACCUCUUUCGUCUUGAUCUUUAACAAGUAUGAUCUCUUUGAGGAGAAAGUCAAUCACGUAGAUCUAAGUGCUUGUGAGUGGUUCACAGAUUUCAGUCCAGUGAGGCCCCACAACAACCACCAGUCGCUGGCCCACCAAGCUUACUACUACGUCGCUAUGAAGUUCAAAGACCUUUAUGCUUCCCUCACCUGUAGAAAGCUUUUCGUGUGGCAAGCUAGGGCAAGGGACCGAGUAACCAUUGACGAGGCAUUCAAGUAUAUAAGGGAGGUUCUAAGGUGGGAUCAAGAGAAGGAAGAGAAUUACUACGGUGUGCAAGAGGAUUCUUUUUACAGUACAACAGAUGUGAGCUCCUCGCCGUUUGUAAGGCAAGAGUGAAGAAUUGGUAAUAUUUACUUCGCAUGUAUUUUGUUGUAUAGACAAAGAGGUCAAAUGGGAUGUCAAAUAAGGUUACUUUAUCUGAUUUUUGUUUUAUUCCGUAUGGAAAAAAUUCAGAGCGUUUGUGGUGAUGGUUCGAGUAGGAGUUGUGUAUCAAAGUGUAUAUUAGAGCUCCAGAUCUGGGUUGUGGCUCGAUGCAGAAGUAAAAUGUUUCUUCCCA